GCUCGCACCAGCUGUUUCCCGCCUUGAGAGAGAGCGAGACACACACACACACACACACUCGCGCACGCAGGCAGGCACACUCGCUUGCGCGCACACACUCACUCCCUCGCCGCCCGCACGCGCCCCGCCGCCGCCGCCUCCCGUGCCGCCGCACGCUCCCGGCCCCGAUCCCCGGGCCGGGCAUGGAGUACUUCAUGGUGCCCGCGCAGAAGGUGCAGUCGCUGCAGCACUUCAGGAAAUCCGAGAAGGAGGUGAUCGGCGGGCUCUGCAGCCUGGCCAACAUCCCACUGACCCCAGAGACCCAACGGGACCAGGAGCGGCGGAUACGCAGGGAGAUUGCCAACAGCAACGAGCGACGGCGCAUGCAGAGCAUUAAUGCUGGCUUCCAGUCGCUGAAAACCCUCAUCCCACACACGGAUGGGGAGAAGCUUAGCAAGGCAGCUAUUCUUCAGCAGACAGCAGAAUACAUCUUCUCUUUGGAGCAGGAGAAGACCCGCUUGCUUCAGCAAAAUGCACAGCUCCGGCGGUUCAUCCAGGAGUUCAGUGGUUCCUCCCCUAAGCGGCGGAGAGCAGAAGACAAGGAUGAGGGCAUCGGGUCGCCAGAUAUCUGGGAGGAUGAGAAGGCUGAAGACCUGCGCCGGGAGAUGAUUGAGCUCCGCCAGCAACUGGACAAGGAGCGCUCGGUCCGGAUGAUGCUGGAGGAGCAGGUGCGCUCUCUGGAGGCUCACAUGUACCCCGAGAAGUUGAAAGUGAUUGCUCAGCAGGUGCAGAUCCAGCAACAGCAAGAGCAGGUGAGGGAGCAGCAGAGCCACACCCAGCUCUUGCCUGUGCAUGGUCCUCCAGCGCCCACCCACCACCCAACUGUGAUUGUGCCAGCACCACCACCCUCUCACCAUGUCACCGUGGUAACCAUGGGCCCAUCCUCCGUGAUCAACACUAUCUCUACAUCCAGGCAGAAUCUGGAUACCAUCGUUCAGGCCAUCCAGCACAUUGAGGGGACGCAGGAGGAGGAGCAACGGCGUGCCGUCAUUGUGACCCCCGUCCGAGCGAGCCUCGACCCAUCCAACUCGGACACAGCCUCUGAGUCAGAGGCAGAAGAAAGCGACACCAUGGAGCACAGCAAGGCUGAGAUGCCCUGACACCUGCCUGGCAACGGGGUGAGGGCGGGCAGGUGUGGGAUUAAGAGGGGACUUCAGAGGAAUAUGCUGAAAUUUUUACAAAAUACCAUGAAAUUUGGGUCUCUUUUAUGACCCUUCAAUACUGUAAAUGGGAGCGUUAGAACCUGGACAGCCAAAAGCUCACCUCUUCAGUUCAAAGCAAGCCAAGGGGUGGGGGUGGGGUGGGGGAAUGUGACAUUCGUCAAAGACCUGUUCUGCGUGUGGAGGUGGGACAAAUCUGGAACCCGACACUCUGAGGCUGUGAACUUUUCCUGCAGGUUCCUGUGAAUUGCCUGUGGCCUUGCACUCCAAUGUGGUUCUGAGCCCCAGCUGGUGUGUCCCUUGGAGAUGUACUUCCUGGGCCUUGAUCCCCUCUCCAUAGUUGGAUUUUGAAAAGGCUCCAUGAAAAUUGCCCGCCUGGUGGUGGUCCCUCAUUGAAGAGCUCUGAGCUACUCUGGAGUUCCACCAAAGUAGCAAUCCUGCCUCAGUGUCCGUUUGUAGAGGCAAGAGGCUGGGGGUAGGCUAGUGGGGGGUUCUGUCCUGCUAUGCACCCCCCCCCACAAGGAAACAAGGAGUGGGUUGCGGUUCUGGUGGCUCUCCUCUGGCCUUGUGGACCUUUUUCUUGCACCCCAGUGGCCUCUGCAUCAUGGUGGGACGAUGAACUUCCCUCCGUUCUCAGGGGUCGGUUCAGGUUUCAGACCUUUUCCACAGUCUGGGAGGGGGUGUCCCGUUAAGGUUACACCAUCCUAGGGGGUGGGCCAAGGUCAGCCUCACUCUUGCGUUUCUCCCCCAUGGAUUAUUUCCUCCUUUUGAAGCACUUAAUCCGUUCCGUGGGUCCGACGGGUCAUGUGAGCAUUUCUGUUCUGUGAGCGCUGCGUUUUGUUGUGUCCCGAUUCCCUCCAGCCCUCCCCCCCCCAUUUUGGCUAUAGAUCUAGGCCAGUGUUAUUUAGAGCCUGGUGGUAUUUGAUAGGUUCCUCCCCAGCCUCAGCUGUUUCUCAGUACUUUUGUUUGUUUUGUUUUUUGGGGGGGGGUUGUUUUGUUCUUUGGGUUUUUUUUACAAUUUUCAGGUCUUCGUGUUCAUUGAGAUGCUAUUAUAUUUUGUUAAGAAAGUGGGAAAAAGAGGCUUGUGCCUUUGUAAAGAAACAAAAUAAAGUUUGUACUUUGUUUUUUAA